GACCCUACCUUUACCUCAUUCUGUAGAAGAGAAUCGGAAGGUCAACCACGAACUCGAGCAAAAUGUUGACCAAAUCAAACCUUCUUUUUAAUGUUUCAAGAAAUGUUAUUCAGAAAAGAUUCGGACAUGCUCCGACUCCAGCUGAAGCCAAAGAAUUGGCCAAGAAAUAUGGGAUGACCAUGGAUAACCUCCCUGUUCGUGCUGGAAAUUUCAAGGAGAUGAACGCAGCCCACCAAGCAAAGAACACUCGUUACAUGCUGUUAUCAAGUCUAGGACUGGUGGUGGUUCUGUACUAUGCCUGGCACAAAAGAGUGUUUACAACUCAUCAAAUGUUCCGCUAUCCCAAGAAUAUGUACGAAAAAUAAAUUGACAAUUAAAGUAAUAACUUUUGAAUGUAAACUAGUGGAAAAAUUACUGAAGAAAUAAAAACUGUGUUACCUUUGA